AUGGACAUGAUACCAUCACAAUGUAAUCAUCUGAUAUCUGCUGAAUUAACAAGGAAACCAGAAUACAAGGAAGGUAAUAAUGAAGAUGAACAGACAGUUGCAGAAAUCAUGAGAAGGCGUUUUUCUCCUGCUGUUGUAACUAACAGACCCUGGGAAGGUUUUCAUUUUGCUGGCCAUGAGAUAAAAAUUAUAGAAGCCACCGAAUGUUAUGGGGCAGUAGUCUGGCCAUCGGCUCUUGUUCUAUGUCACUUUUUGGAAACAAAUGCUAAACAAUACAGCCUGGCUGAUAAAAGUGUAAUUGAAAUUGGAGCUGGAACAGGGCUGGUCUCCAUAGUAGCCACUUUACUUGGUGCACAUGUGACUGCCACAGAUCUGCCUGAAGUACUAGGAAACCUUCAGUACAAUAUUCUCAAAAAUACCAAAAUGAAAUGUAAGCAUCAGCCCCAGGUUAAAGAACUCUCCUGGGGAGUUGAUUUAGAGAAGAACUUUCCCAAGUCUUUGUGUCAGUUUGACUACAUCAUGGCUGCUGAUGUUGUGUACUACCAUCCCUUCCUGGAGGAGCUGCUUCUUACCUUCCAUCACUUGUGUCAGGACAACACUGUUAUUCUCUGGGCCAUGAGAUUCAGGCUGGACACAAAGAACCAAUUUAUGGGCAGAUUUCAGGAAUUGUUUGACCUGGAGGUAAUUUCCAAUUUCCCCAGUUUAAACAUAGCAUUGUAUAAGGCAAUGAGAAGAGGCAAGAAGAUGACGUGA